AUGGGCAAGAAGUCUAAAUCUCAGUCUAAGGCUGUUAGCGCAGCCGCCGCCUCUGAAGGUGUUUCCCUUCUGAGCGGUAAAAGCACUUCUACUCUGGACCCAACCUUGUCCUCCCUCUUCGACAAGAGCUCAGGACCUGUGAAAGCCCCCACUGUGCAAUAUGUUAAUGUUCCUCCCAAAUCUACCAAAAAAACAGAGGCAGAGGAGGAAGAUGAGGAUGUACUCUCGUCGGCAGAUGGCUCUCUGGACUCCGAAGAUGAAGCAAUGGAGGAUGCUCCUGAUGCCAGCGAACCUGCUUCCGCUGAGGAACAAGUACCGGAGUCCCAGGGUCGCAAACGUAAGCGGGGUGCCGCCGGAGAAGACUUAGAGGAGACAUAUAUGCGCCGCAUCGCCAAGGAAGAAGAGAAAGCAGAGGAAAAGCGAAAGUCGGAGCAAUCUAAGCGUCAGAAGCCUUCUGGGGAAGAAGCCGACAACGAUUUGUCUGGGUCAAAGGAUUCAGAGGCUGAAGACAGCGACGAGGAUGAGGAGAAAUCGGCAGUCCCAGUCCACGAGAGCGUGUCAGGCACCCAAAAAGCGGAUGAGGUUGAGAAGUCUAAUCGUACAGUAUUCUUGGGCAAUGUUGCGACCACGGCCAUUAAAUCAAAGUCGGCUAAAAAGGCCCUUCUCCGACACCUAGCGACCUUCUGCUCUUCUCUCCCUGAAGAGAGUGGCCCACACAAGGUUGAAUCUAUUCGUUUCCGCUCCAUCCCAUUUGCCAGCGGUGGUGGACUCCCCAAGCGAGCCUCAUUUGCUCGACGUGAAAUUUUGGAUGAGACUACAACUAGUACCAACGCCUACGCUGUCUACAGCACUCUCCUGGCUGCUCGUAAAGCCCCCGCUGCAUUGAAUGGAACUAUUGUCCUCGAUCGACACCUUCGUGUCGACAGCGUUGCUCACCCGGCUUCGAUUGACAACAAGCGCUGUGUUUUUGUAGGCAACUUGGACUUCGUUGACCAAGAAGGCGCUGUGGAGGAUGAGUCCGGAAAGAAGAAGAAGGUUAGAGCCCCAGCUGAUGUUGAGGAGGGUCUCUGGCGAACCUUCAAUGAGCACACUGGCGACAAAGAUAAGAAGACAGGCAAGAAGAGUGUUGAGUUUGUUCGCGUCAUCCGUGAUCGAUCAACUCGCGUUGGAAAGGGCUUUGCUUAUGUCCAGUUCUACGACGGCACUGGUGUCGAACAGGCUUUACUCCUCAAUGAGAAGAAGUUCCCACCUAUGCUGCCCCGCAAACUGCGCGUCACCCGCGCCAGAAAAAUCGCUAAAAAGCGCGAAGAUACUGGUGCGAAAGAUUCAAAGUUGGCUGAAGCUCAGAAGACACUUCAAGGACGUGCUGGUAAAUUGCUUGGCCGUGCUGGUGCUGCCAAGGUCAAGGAAAAUGCCAACAAGACCAUUGCCGGAAACUCAUUUGUGUUUGAAGGUCAUCGUGCUACUGAAGGCAGUAAUCAGUUGAAGAUCAAGACAAAGAGCCGUGGCUCCAAGGGCUCCAAGGCCAAGAAGAAUGCUCGUAGCAGCAAGCGGGCGGCAGCUUACAAGGCUGCUGGUGGACAGAAACCAUAA